CCAGCGUUGCACUCAGUCGUCGCAACACUCGACGAACGCGAGUAACGGAGCGGUGGGAGAGCGAGGUCAUCCUCGGGGCGACUGUCUAUUCUUUUGUGAGUGCCCAUCAUGUCCUGGACCGUGAACCGCCUGCCAGCGGUGUGGAAGCGUUUCUCGUCGACCACGACCAUCGUCACCAAAACCACCCCUUCCAAAAGCCACCUCCACAAGGCCCUCCCUGACUCCGUCUUCCCCCAAGGGUAUGCUUUGACUGGUCUGCACUCUGGGGUCAAGAAGAAAGCCGACGUCUUGGACCUCGCCGUCAUCCUGUCUACAUCUCCUCGCCCCACCAGCGCCGCAGCAUGCUUCACGCGUAAUGCAUUCAAGGCCGCCCCCGUCAUCGUGUCCCAAGAGGUGAUCAAGAACACAAAUGGUCGUGCUCGCGCUAUCGUCGUGAACAGCGGAUGCGCCAACGCUGUGACGGGGAAGCAGGGCAUGGAGGAUGCGUGGGCGAUGGCUCGCGAAACGGACUCGCUCCUCUCCAACCCCAGCGCCACCAGCGAAACACUCGUCAUGUCCACCGGCGUCAUCGGGCAGACCCUACCCAUCGCCAAGAUUCUUGCCGGCAUCCGCGCUCAGAGCAGCGGGGAGAAGAGGUCGCUGGGGUCCACAUUCGAUGCAUGGGAACGUGCUGCUCGUGCGUUCAUGACCACGGACACUUUCCCCAAGCUGCGCGCGCGUACUUUCACGAUCAACGGCAAGGAAUACCGGAUGGCGGGCAUGGACAAGGGUGCGGGUAUGAUCCAUCCCGACAUGGGCCCCCCGACCUCCUCCAGUGGACAGCUGCACGCAACGCUUCUCGGAUGUAUCCUCACGGACGCAGCAGUAUCACCCCCGAGUCUCCAGUCCGCGUUGACCUACGCGGUGGACAGGAGCUUCAACUCGAUCAGCGUGGAUGGCGACAUGUCCACGAACGAUACGAUCGUCGUGCUUGCCAAUGGCGCCGCGGUAGCAACCGAGGAGGCUGAGAUCGACGAGGAACACCAUCCCGAAGCAUACGAGGCGUUCAAGCAGGAGCUCACAUCGUUCGCAGCUGACCUCGCUCAACUUGUUGUACGCGAUGGCGAGGGCGCGACCAAGUUCGUGACCGUUACGGUCGAGGGUGCUCCCACCUACGCGGACGCUCAUCGCGUGGCGUCGCGGAUAUCUACUUCCGCGCUCGUGAAAACCGCGCUAUUCGGCGAAGAUGCUAACUGGGGCCGCAUUCUCGCUGCGACGGGCUCUAUCCCACUCUCGGCGCCUCUCGACCCUACGCGGGUGAACGUGUCCUUCAUUCCCGCCGACGGGACCGCCUCUCUUCCGCUUCUUGUGAAUGGCGAGCCUGAGAAAGUAAAUGAAGCGCGUGCAACGGAAAUCAUCACCCAGGAAGAUCUGGAGAUCAAGGUUGAGCUCGGCAUCGGGUCCGAGAGCGCGAAGUACUGGACGUGCGACUUCAGUUAUGAAUACGUCAGGAUCAACGGCGAUUACAGAACGUAAUGCUGGGGAGGGCGCUGCUGUAGCGGACCUGCUCAUUGUAUAGGCAUGUGAACCUUCACAGAUCAUGCGGCAGAUAAAAGCACAGUGCGCGAGCGGAGCGCCUGUUAUUCGGCCGGUACUGUUAGAUCGCAAUCGUCGUCGACGCAUCGUGGCAUACAAAAGGGUGCAAUGCAUUAACCAGCCUUCGGAGUA